UGGCUGGUAUUUUUGAAAGUUCAUUGAUCAUGUUCAGAUUCUCUUGUUGAUUAUUACCGUUUUGCUGGAUUAUGAUUUUGGCAUUUACCAUAGGUCGGAGGCAAUUAAAGAUGUAAAUUAACAUAAUUGAAUGUAUCUUUCAGUGUUAUAUUAUGAUGGAGAUUUUUAAUAUAUGUCACCGGUGUCACUGAAACAUGAGAAAAUAUAUCGACGUCUGUUUGUGUUUCUAAUUAGUUGAGCUAAAUCUAAUUAUAUUACAUUUUGUAAUUAUCUCAUGUUAAGGUGAACGUAGAUUUUUGUGGAUAAGACAGGGCUACAAACAAGUUUGAGGGUCUGUGUUCCUUCACCAAAUGAUUAAAUAUUUCAUUUGAUCACAGCUUUACAUCGUUAAUUGGUUGUUCCCUGUUUUACAGGACAGGAGAAAAGGCUUUUAAUCAACAACAAAUCAAUCAAUGAACUUUCCUUACCCUUCCUCGCUUUUCAUUUGGACUUUACAUGAAACAUUCUACUGGUGAGUAGAAAAUAUAUCUACAUUACAUCUGUUCCACAUGUAAACAGAGGACUGUGAUAUCUAAGACAAAUUGAACCAUAACAGAUUAACGCACAGGCAUUUGUCAGCUUUUAAGAAUUGCUCAAGAAUUAGCAUGGAGAACGUUGAUCACUUGGACAUUUAUAAAACAACUGUUGUUAACAAUAUAGAUACCUCAGAGAGACAGACAUAGAUGAGAAACCAGCAGGGGAAAAAUAUUCCCGAAAAUCACAUUUGAAGGGAGAUAUUCUCUUCGCAACAUGAAGUCUUUGCACAAUAAGGAAAAACCUUUUCGUUGCGAAAUAUGUGGGAAGAACAACUUUAUAAGUUAGAGAUUCCCUUACUGAUGGUGAUGAAUAUGAGAUUAACAGAUGACAUUGUCAUGAAAGAACUUUUGUACUUUGGAUACAUCUUGAAUAUUUAUCACAUUUUAAAGAUUAAAGGAAAAUGUUAUAAAGAAUGGGUAUAAAUAUAUUUCUAUAAAUCUUGAAGAGAUGUCAAAAGAUAUACAAAAAUCAUCAUAUCUUUGUGAUAUCUGCAAUAAGUCAUUCUCAAGAAGUAGUGACUUACUUAAACAUAUACGUAUUCAUACAGGAGAGAAGCCAUUUCAUUGUGAUAUCUGUGGUAAAUUAUUCUCUCAGAAAGGUAACUUAAUUAUUCACAAACGUUUUCAUACAGGAGAGAAGUUAUAUCAUUGUGAUAUCUGUGGUAAAUCAUUCUCUGUUACUAGUCAUUUACAUAGACACAAACGUAUUCACACAGGAGAAAAGCCAUUUCUCUGUGAUGUCUGUGGUAAAUCAUUCUCUGAAGCAGAUCACUUAACAACUCACACACAUAUGCAUACAGGAGAGAAACCAUAUUGCUGUGAUAUCUGUGGUAAAUCAUUCUCUGUAGAUAGUAACUUAACUCGACACAAACGUAUUCAUACUGGAGAGAAACCAUAUCACUGUGAUGUCUGUGGUAAAUCAUUCUCUAACAGAAGUACCUUAACUAGACACAGAUAUAUUCACACAGGAGAAAAUCUAUAUCACUGUGAUAUUUGUGGUAAAUCAUUCUCUGCAAGUGGUGACUUAACAAUGCACAAACGUGUUCAUACAGGAGAGAAAUCUUUUGAAUGUGACAUCUGUGGUAAAUCAUUCUCUGUUACUAGUCACUUAACUAGACACAAACGUAUUCACACAGGAGAGAAACCUUUUGACUGUCAUAUUUGUGGCAAAUCAUUUUCUCGAAUUGAUUAUUUGAGUAAACACAAACAUGUUCAUAUAAGAGAAAAUCAAUUUCCCUGUGAUAUCUGUGGUAAAUCAUUUUCUCAAAAAGGCAACUUAACUACACAUAUAUCUAUCCAUACAAAAGGUGAAACAGCUAAAGGAUUCGGUUUUGUUUUAUUCAUUGGAGAAAUGUCAAAAAAUACACAAGAAGUAUCACAUCAGUGUGAUAUCAGUGAUAAACCAUUAAAUGAAAAUGAUAAUUUAAAAGAGCAGAAACAGAAUCCUUCAGGAGGGAAACGAUAUCCUUGUGAUAUCUGUGGUAAAUCAUACUUGAUAAAUACCACCUUAAAGAGACACAAACGUACGCAUACAAGGGAGACGCCAUAUCAGUGUAAUAUAUGUGCUAAAUCAUUCUCCCAAAACAGUGAGUUAAUUAAACAUGAACGUAUUCAUACAGGGGAAAGACCAUUUCACUGUGAGAUCUGUGGUAACUCAUUCUCUCAGAGUAGUGAAAUAACUAAACACAUACGUAUUCAUACAGGAGAGAAGCCAUUUCGGUGUAUUAUUUGUGGCAAAUCAUUCUCUCAUAAAAGUCACUUAACUAAACACAUACGUAUUCAUACAGGAGAGAAACCAUUUCAUUGUGAUAUUUGCAGUAAAUCUUUCUCUCAAAUAUGUAACUUGACUUCUCACAAACGUAGCCAUAGAAAAGAGAAGCCAUAUCACUGUGAUAUCUGUGGUAACUCAUUCUCGGAUAGCAGCAACUUAACUACACACAAACGUAUGCAUACAGGAGAAAAACCAUUUCACUGUAACAUUUGUGGUCAAUCAUUUUCAGAAAGUGCCACCUUAACUACACACAAACGUAUUCAUACAGGAGAAAAACCAUUUCACUGUGACAUCUGUAGUCAAUCAUUCUCAGAACGUAGCAACUUAACUAGGCACAAACGUAUUCAUACAGGAGAGAAACGAUUCAGUUGUGAUAUUUGUUGUAAAUCAUUCUCUCAAAGUAGUGAAUUAACUAGACACAAACGUAUUCAUACAGGACAGAAACCAUAUCACUGUGAUGUCUGUGGUAAAUCAUUCUCUGACACUACCAACUUAACUACACACAAACGUAUUCAUACAGGAGAGAAGCCAUUUCAUUGUGAUAUCUGCAGUAAAUCUUUCUCUCAAAAAUGUAACUUGAAUUCUCACAAGCGUACCCAUACAAGAGAGAAGCCUUAUCACUGCGAUAUUUGUGGUAAAUCAUUCUCUCAUAAAAGUCACUUAACUACACACAAACGUAUUCAUACAGGAGAGAAACCAUUUCACUGUGAUAUUUGUAGUACAUCUUUCUCUCAAAUAUGUAACUUGACUUCCCACAAACGUAGCCAUAGAAGAGAGAAGCCAUAUCACUGUGAUAUCUGCGGUAAAUCAUUCUCUCAGAGUAGUGAAAUAACUAGACACAAACGUACUCAUACAGGAUAGAAACCAUUUCACUGUGAUAUCUGCAGUAAGUCCUCCUCUCAACUGUAUAACUUGACUUCUCAUAAACAUACUCGUGAAGCCAUAUCACUGUAAUAUCAGUGGUCAAUUAUUCUCAGAAAUUAGCAACUUAAUUAGACACAACCAUAUUCAUACCGGGGAUAAACCAUUUCGUAAUAUUUCUAGCAAGAGGCGGCGAGAUGGCAGAAACGUUAGUAUGCUGGGUGAAAUGCUUAGCUAUAUUUCAUCUGUCUUUACAUUCUGGGUUGAAAUUCUGCUGAGGUUGACUUUGCCUUUCAUCCUUUCAGGAUAGAUAAAUUAAAUACCAGUUGUGUAAUGGGGUUGAUCUAAUUGACAAGCUGUUAUCACUAUAUUUUAUAUCACCACAGUUAUAUCAACAUUGGUGAGAUAACAGGUUAUUGUAAUAUUUUAAAUAAAAAACAUUCUCAUAAAUAUUCAAUAUAACAUAUUUCCAGGAUAUAGGAAAGAUAUUGUUGGGUAAAUAACUGAGAAAUAUAUUCUCAGAGAUGUGUAAUAAUAUCACUGCAUCAUUUGUUAUAAUAUCAAUAAAGUGUUAAACAUAAUAUUUCUUCAUAGCAUAAGAGGAUAUAUAUAUAUACAUAUAAAGUUGUGUGUGUGUGUAUGAAUAUAUAGAUAGAUAGACCUGAACACCUUUUGCUAACCAUGAAUUAUGAAAUAACUUUUUCCAGUUUGCCAAACUCCGAUAUUGGAAAGAUUUACAACCUUCUAUGUCAAUAAACCAAUAUUGUUCCUGAAAGUUGUUCUUUGAUGCUCAAAACUUACUAACUUCCUACGCCUGGUUCCUUGGCUCCUAC